CCAUUUUCGCGCAGGCGCUUAAUGAGUCGCCAUUUUGUAACGCAAGCUUGUCAUUGAUUUUCCUUGAAAGUGUUUUGAAACGAAAUAAGCCAAAGCAACAAGCAUUGGUGCUAGAAAAUGGAACAGAUACCAAGGACUCAUGAAGACAUCGAGGCCCAAAUUCGUGAAAUCCAGUCUAAAAAGAAGGAAAUUCCGGUGGAAGAGGAGCGAAACGAGAAGGGUGUAGGUUUAGGCGAGAGUGGCUAUUUUGAUAGUGAGAUCUACGAUGGGGGCGGCGGUAAGGGUAAAUACGAGGGUUAUGUGACCUCGAUCGCCGCCAACGAUGAAGCCGAUGAAGAGGACGACGAUGUGGGUUAUAGUCAGAAACGGACCGGACUGGGGGCCCCUGUGGCGCUCCUCAAUGAUGUCGCUCAGAGCGACAAGGAUUUUGAUCCGUUUGCUGACAAGAGGAGGCCCACGAUUGCCGAUCGAGAGGACGAGUACAGGCAAAAGAGGCGUCGGAUGAUUAUUUCACCCGAACGUGUUGAUCCGUUCGCUGACGGUGGCAAAACACCAGACAUCAAUGCCCGCGGUUACACCCAGAUUAUGAAAGAGCAGAUGCUCAAAGGAGAAGAAAACGAGUUGAGGAAAAAAAUUCUGGAAAAAUCCAAAGACGGUUCACUCAAAUCAACAAACGGUGAGGUAAAGAGCGCACCUAAGAAACGGGGGCGCUGGGACCAAACCGUAGACGAAGUCGUCGUCCCCAGCAAAAAGAAAACUCUCUCCGUAACGACCAACAGUGCAGCUGCUACCCCCAUCUGGGAUGCUGACAAAACUCCAGCCGACCACCGCUGGGACGAAACCCCCGGCCACAAAGGCAGUGAAACGCCGGGCGCCACCCCCGGCCAAUCCACCCGUAUCUGGGACGCGACCCCCGGGGCUGCAACUCCAGGUCGCGAAACGCCCGCUCAUGACAAGAGUGCCAGUCGUCGAAACCGCUGGGAUGAAACACCCAAAACCGAGCGUGAAACUCCGGGACAUUCGAGCGGCUGGGCUGAAACCCCGCGCACCGACCGAACCGGAGCCGACUUGAUUCACGAAACACCGACUCCGGGAGCGUCCAAACGCCGCUCCCGUUGGGAUGAAACUCCCUCUGUUCAGACACCGUCGGCGCACAUGACUCCGGGUGCUAUGACGCCGCAAACGCCGCACGGAACGCCAAGCCAUGCCACUCCGAUGCUGACUCCGGGCGGGUCAACUCCGGUCGGAGUCAAGGCGAUGGCCAUGGCGACGCCCACUCCGGGACACUUGGCGUCCAUGACUCCGGAACAACUCCAGGCCUAUCGAUGGGAGCGGGAGAUUGACGAGAGGAAUAGGCCGUAUUCGGAUGAGGAAUUGGAUGCGAUGUUUCCGCCGGGGUACAAGAUUUUGGCACCUCCGGCUGGGUAUAUACCCAUCAGGACGCCAGCAAGGAAAUUGACAGCCACGCCCACACCCAUGGUUAAUACUCCCCAGGGAUUUUUCAUCCAACAGGAAGAUAAGACAGCCAAAUAUCUGGAUAAUCAACCAAAAGGGCAGAAUUUGCCGUUCAUGAAACCAGAAGAUGCGCAAUAUUUUGAUAAAUUAUUGGUCGAUGUUGAUGAAGAAGCUUUGAGUCCUGAGGAACAGAAAGAACGGAAAAUAAUGAAACUACUCCUAAAGAUCAAAAACGGGACCCCUCCCAUGCGAAAAGCCGCCUUGAGGCAAAUCACAGACAAGGCUCGAGAAUUCGGUGCAGGGCCCCUUUUUAACCAAAUUUUGCCCCUUUUAAUGAGUCCAACUCUGGAGGACCAAGAACGUCACUUGUUAGUCAAAGUCAUAGACCGAAUUUUGUACAAAUUGGACGAUUUAGUCCGUCCCUACGUCCACAAAAUAUUGGUGGUGAUCGAACCGUUGCUCAUCGACGAAGAUUACUACGCGCGUGUGGAAGGCCGUGAGAUUAUCUCAAAUUUGGCCAAAGCCGCCGGAUUGGCAACCAUGAUUUCGACCAUGCGGCCCGAUAUUGACAAUAUAGACGAAUACGUCCGAAAUACAACCGCUCGUGCGUUUGCCGUCGUCGCUUCAGCUCUGGGAAUCCCCUCGUUGUUGCCGUUUUUGAAAGCCGUCUGUCGGUCGAAAAAAUCGUGGCAGGCCCGGCAUACUGGUAUUAAAAUCGUCCAACAAAUCGCAAUAUUGAUGGGGUGCGCUAUUUUACCGCAUUUGAAAUCAUUGGUUGAGAUUAUCGAGCACGGUUUGGUCGACGAACAGCAAAAAGUUCGAACGAUUACGGCGUUAGGUAUCGCGGCGUUAGCCGAGGCUGCGACACCGUACGGUAUUGAGAGUUUCGAUUCGGUGCUUAAACCACUGUGGAAGGGCAUUAGGACCCAUCGCGGGAAGGGUUUAGCUGCGUUUUUGAAAGCUAUUGGUUAUUUGAUUCCGCUGAUGGACGCCGAGUAUGCCAAUUAUUACACAAGAGAAGUAAUGUUGAUUUUGAUUCGGGAGUUUCAAUCGCCUGACGAAGAAAUGAAGAAGAUUGUGCUCAAAGUGGUCAAGCAGUGUUGUUCGACUGACGGUGUCGAGCCUCAGUACAUCAAAGAGGAGAUUCUCCCACAGUUCUUUAAACAUUUCUGGAAUCACAGGAUGGCGCUGGACCGGCGAAAUUACCGCCAGUUGGUCGACACGACUGUCGAAAUCGCAAAUAAAGUCGGAGCUUCUGAAAUUAUCAACCGGAUUGUGGACGAUUUGAAAGACGAAAACGAACAGUACCGGAAAAUGGUCAUGGAAAGUAUCGAGAAGAUCAUGGGCAAUUUAGGAGCGGCCGACGUUGACUCGCGAUUGGAGGAGCAAUUGAUUGAUGGCAUUUUGUACGCGUUCCAGGAGCAAACCACCGAGGAUGUGGUCAUGUUGAACGGUUUCGGCACCAUCGUCAACCAGCUGGGCAAAAGAGUCAAGGCUUACUUGCCCCAAAUUUGCGGUACCAUUCUUUGGAGACUGAACAACAAGUCGGCCAAGGUCCGCCAACAGGCCGCCGAUUUGAUCUCGCGGAUCGCAGUCGUGAUGAAGACGUGUCAGGAGGAGAAACUCAUGGGGCACUUGGGCGUCGUAUUGUAUGAAUAUUUGGGCGAGGAGUACCCGGAGGUUCUGGGCUCGAUUUUGGGCGCCUUGAAGGCCAUAGUCAACGUGAUCGGGAUGACGAAAAUGACGCCACCGAUUAAAGACUUGCUGCCACGUCUGACCCCGAUUUUGAAGAAUCGGCACGAGAAAGUACAAGAGAACUGCAUCGAUUUAGUCGGCCGGAUUGCCGAUAGGGGGCCGGAGUAUGUCUCCGCGCGCGAAUGGAUGCGUAUUUGUUUCGAGUUGCUCGAGUUGUUGAAGGCGCACAAGAAGGCGAUUCGGCGCGCGACGGUCAACACUUUUGGUUACAUUGCUAAGGCUAUAGGCCCACAUGACGUACUCGCCACGCUUUUGAAUAAUUUGAAAGUGCAAGAGCGUCAAAAUCGCGUUUGCACGACUGUGGCUAUAGCUAUAGUUGCCGAGACCUGUUCGCCGUUUACUGUUUUACCGGCUUUGAUGAAUGAGUAUAGAGUGCCGGAACUUAACGUCCAGAAUGGUGUCUUGAAGUCGCUUUCGUUCCUGUUUGAGUACAUUGGUGAGAUGGGGAAGGAUUAUAUUUACGCUGUGGCCCCCCUGCUUGAGGAUGCGUUGAUGGACAGGGAUUUGGUGCACAGACAGACGGCGUGUGCGGCUAUUAAACACAUGGCCUUGGGUGUGUACGGGUUUGGGUGCGAAGACGCCUUGAUUCAUCUUUUGAAUUACGUGUGGCCGAAUAUUUUCGAGACGUCGCCGCAUUUAGUGCAGGCAUUUAUGGACGCGAUUGAAGGCAUGAGGGUGGCUUUGGGGCCGAUUAAGAUUUUGCAGUAUACGUUACAGGGGUUGUUCCACCCUGCUAGAAAAGUGAGGGAUGUUUAUUGGAAGAUUUACAAUUCUUUGUAUAUUGGAGGACAAGAUGCGCUGGUUGCGGGGUAUCCCCGCAUUGCGAAUGACCCCAAAAAUCAGUACAUUAGAUACGAUAUGGAUUAUGUUUUGUAACUUAAUGUAGUAGUGGCUUGUAAGGAUAUUGCACUUUUUUUAAUUAAUUAAUGUUAUUCCAAUGAAGAAAUAAAUAUGUUUGAGUCCCAAA